AUGUCCUCGCACAGGCAUCAGUCUUCGCUUGAAGGGGUCUUGGAUUUUUCCGCACCUUUUUCGCUAACUCCGCAACAAUUUGGCACUGCGGAGAGACUUCUUAAUGUCUUCACCGACGACUAUGGCAUUGAACAGGUAACGGAAAAGCGCAUUAAGCCUGCGAAAUUGAUCCAUGAAACGUUUAAACACGUCAUCUCAAAAGACUCUUUCUUGACCUUUCUAUUGACAUUCUUGCACGAGAUCUUGGCCGAUGUUACAUCUAACGUUGCACUGGCACUGUCAUACUUCGAGGAUUUCACUUCCUGGGAGCCAGCUGCGCGAAGCAAAGUGAUGCGUGCUCUUGAAGGGUUCGCAGAAUUCAUGGUCACUCAGUUCUUCCUUCCACAUAUGUUCGGCCCUGGCAUCACCCAUCUCAUCGAUGGUCCGAAUAUCGACAGCCCAUCGAAUGCUCUCACACUAACAGUGGAUAACCACCUACUCUUUGGCGAAUUUCAAAUUUAUUUUGAGCCCACGGGCAGACCUCAUGAAUAUAGAAUUCAUUCCGCCGAGAGCGGUGUCCUAAGUGACCCUUACUUCCCUGUCACUCGCACCCUAACGCGCAGCCCUAACGAUACGAUUAAUAUGCCCUCCCCUCGCCUUCUGGGCGUUCAUCGUGCCAUCUCACUUAUGUUAAAACUCAGUGGUGCUGGUGAUUACAUAGAGCAGAUUCUCAGAGAUUUGGAACAGAUAACGGUGGAAGCAGAUGGGUGA